AUGGCGAAGCUUAUAAAGUCUAUUUUCCAUACGAGCGAAAGACGUAAGUCGCGGUAUGAGGAGGGAGAGGAGGAUAGAAAUAAUGUUGUACCUCCUAUGGAUGGGAGAAGAAAACUGUCAAUUUCAAGAUCUGGUAGAAUGAGACAGGCAAAUAGAAAGCGUAACUCGUUGUCUUUGGAAUUGUAUAAUGAAGAAAUCCAAAUGACUGAAAAAUCUAAGAAUACGGAAUUUCAUUCAAAUCAAAAACAAACGAUGAUCGAAACUAAGCCGAUGUCAAAUUUGCAAAGAAGUCAAAGUACCGAGUUGAAAUCUCCCGAAGAAGAAAUAGACAGUGCAUUCGAAAUUAUUGAUAAAGUGGAGUGUUUAAAA